CCGGGUUCAGACAGCGCCGGAGCCGUCGGCAUCAAUCAGUGGGCGCCCUCUUCCCCCAGCAACGGCGGGGAGGAGACGUUGAACAAAACCACCGGCUGAUGCAGCCACCGGUCAGAGGGCGAGUGUUUAUCGAUAAAUCAGUUCAGACACGGGCUGGUAUGAACCCUCGGCUGACGUGGAUCCUACUGAUGUGGGCCAGUUAUCCCCGCACCUCUGCCGCGAUGUCCUGGAGCUCGGCGCACGCCGGAGACACGGUAACACUGGAGUGCCGUUUGCAGGAGACAUCCGAUCUGUUGUACUGGUUCAUGCAACGUCCCGGUCAAGGACCCACCACCAUCCUGUUCCACCGCGCCUCCGCCAACUUCGUGACUUACUAUAACGGCUACGGGAGUUAUUUCACCCCCUCGUUUGACGCCAGAACCCUCAGCUCCCGACUCAGGAUUGCGAAUGUCAGUGUUUCGGACGCCGGAGUGUAUUACUGCGCCGCCCGGACCGGGGGCCACAUGAGGUUCGGGUCUGGGACUGCGCUGGCGGUGACAGGAGCUUCUGAAAAUACAAAUGAAAGAAGAAAAGCAGGAUCCAAUUGUCUUGUUACUGGAUUCACUGGAAAUGAUGUGCAGUUUAUGUGGGAUGUGACAUUGAGUAACAGGACUCUGGGUGCCCAGGGACAGACAAGGAGCUUUAACAUCAAGUGCAAUAUCAGCCUUGAGGAUGGUCGAGGAAUGAUGCAAACUUGUGAAUGCCAAACCAAGGAUGUAAAAUCAACAAAGGCCAUGUCAGGAAGCACAGACCGCCCCAAGGGCCUGAAUUUGCUGAGUUGGAGUUUAUGUGGAGUUAUUGGGCUAUUAACAAUAAUCCUGUUCUGCGUUCUCAUCUACUUCAACUGCUGCAGUGGCGAGGCUUCGAAGCAUCCAUCAGUGAACAGCCUGACUGAAACCUCACGAUUGACUGAAGUUGGUCCCAGGGGCCGGCAGUUGCCACAGGACCAGCGGUUGCCACAGCGGUUGCCACAGCGGUUGCCAAGGGACCAGCAGUUGCCAAGGGACCAGCGGUUGCCAAGGGAUCAGCAGCUGCCAAGGGACCAGCAAUUGCCAAGGGACCAGCGGUUGCCAAGGGACCAGCGGUUUCCAAGGGAUCAGCAGCUGCCAAGGGUCCAGCAGUUGCCAAGGGACCAGCAGUUGCCACGAGGCCAACGGUUGCCACAAGAACAGCGGUUGCCACGAGGCCAACGGUUGCCACAAGAACAGUGGUUGCCACGAGGGCAACAGUUGCCACAGGAACAGCGAUUCCCACGGGACCAGCAGAUGCCACGAGACCAGUGGUUGCCACGGGUUCAACGGUUGCCACAGGAACAGCGGUUGCCACGGGUCCAGCAGUUGUCACAAGACCAGCAGUUGCCACAGGAACAGCACCUGCAAACAGGUUGGCAGUUACCCAGAAAGAAGAUGCUGCCUGACUUUCUGGAUUUGUCACCAAAGCCACAAUUGGCAUCACAGGAGGGGUCUCCAUGGACACAGCAAUUGCCACAGGAAAGGCAGGUGCAUUAUUCCACCUUAAAUUUGUUAGCAAUGGACAAAAAGACAAAGAAAAGAUGAUGUUAAAUAUCUACAACAGACAUUUCUGGGACCCAUGCUCCUUGUGAUUUUUAUAAAUGAUUUGGAUGAUGAAUUGGAAGGAUGGGUUGGUAAGUUUGCAGAUGAGACGAAUGUUGGUGGCAUAGUAGAUAGCGCAAAAGGUUGUCGUUGGUUGCAACAGUAUUUAGACAGGAUUCAGAGCUGGGUGGAGAAGUGGCAGAUGGAGUUCAAUCCGCAAAAGUGGUUCAAUCCGCAGAAGUGGUUCACUUUGGAAGAACGAACUUGAAGCAGAGUACAUGGUUAACAGCAGGAUUCUUAGCAGUGUGGAGGAACAGAGAGAUCUUGGGGUCUAAGUACAUAGAUGCCUCAGGGUUGCCGUGCAUGUGGAUAGGGCAGUUAAGAAGGUGUGUGGUGUGCUGGCCUUCAUUAGCCGGGGGAUUGAGUUCAAGAGCCGAGAGGUAAUGUUGCAGCAUGCUAUAAGACUCUGGUUAGACCACACUUGGAAUAUUGUCACACAUCAUAGGAAGGAUGUGGAAGCUUUGGAGGGGGUGCAGAGGAGAUUUACAAGCUUGCUACCUGGGUUGGAGAGCAUGUCUUAUGAGGAGAGGUUGAGUGAGUUAGGGCUUUUCUCUUUGGAGCGAUGGAGGAUGAGAGCCGACUUGAUAGAGGUGUAUAAGAUUAUGAGAGGCAUAGACAGAGUGGACAGCCAGCACUUUUUUCCCAGGGCGGCAAUGGCCAAUACUAGAGAUCACCCCUUUAAGGUGCAUGGAGGAAAGUUCAGGGGAGAUGUGAGAGGCAGGUUUUUUUACACAGAGAGUGGUGAAUGCCUGGAAUACACUGCCGGGGGUGGUGCUAGGGGCCGAUAUAAUAGGGUCAUUUAAGAGACUAUUAGAUAGGCACAUGGAUGAAAGAAAAAUCGAGGGUUAUAGGAGGUGAAGUAGAGAGGGGGAUGGAUUGAAUAGGGAUAAGGUUUAUAUAGGUCAGCAGAACAUUGUGGGCUGAAGGGCCUGUACUGUGCUGUACUGUUCUAUGUUCUAUACGUUCAAUACUCUGUAUGAACUUCCUUCAGUGCGAGUUCAUACUAUUAUUUCUUAAUAGUAGAAAGAUAUCAACAUUUUAAAACUAAUAUUUCCGUUGUUCUAUCUGCAUUCUUCCACUGACCAGGUAGAGUGGCAGGAGAGGAGUCCUGUUCCCAGGUUUGGGUUACUACUUCUCUGUGACGCACACCAGUUUCCAUUUAUGAUGUGCCUUUGCUGCAGAGAAACGUUCUUCAAGGUGUGCAGAGGGUGGGCACUGAGGUUAUCAGGGAUGAUCACUGUCUCUAAAGUAAGAUCAUGGAGACUUUCAAAGGACAAAUUUGCCAAUGCACAGUAUUGGGGCGGCACGGUAGCGUAGCGGUUAGCGCGACGCUAUUACAGCACCAGCGAUCGGGGUUCGAUUCCCGUUGCUGUCUGUAAGGAGUUUGUACGUUCUCCCGUGUCUGCGUGGGUUUCCUCCGGGUGCUCCGGUUUCCUCCCACAUUCUAAAGAC